AUGUUCGAAUGCAAGCCAAUUGCCACACCUAUGGAGGCUAAUGCCGGGCUAUGUUCGGAAGAAGGAAAAGACUUAGAAGAUGCAACUAUGUACCGACAAAUAGUUGGUAGUCUAAUCUACCUUACAUUAUCGCGACCAGAUAUAGCUUACGCAGUUGGUGUGGUUAGCCGGUUCAUGCAAACACCAAAGAAGCCGCAUCUUGAAGCAGUACGUCGAAUAUUGAGGUAUGUGAAGGGUACAAUAGACCUUGGUCUAUUGUACAAGAAAGGUGGAGCAUGCAAGAUAGUUGGGUACUGCGAUGCUGACUAUGGUGGUGAUCAUGACACACGACGAUCAAGUACUGGAUACGUAUUCAACCUUGGCUCAGGAGCAAUCUCUUAG